CUCUUUCUAUUUUUGGACAGAACCCGGGCCAACAAACCGGCCCAGAUCCCAAGGAAACGAACUUCCAUUCCCAAACCCGACCCGGAUUUUAACUGCCACUUCCCUCGACGUUGAGUUAUGCGACCUCCAUUGCAGACCUUCAAGUUCCAGGUUGUCACUGCCGUCGCCCGAUUCCAGCCGGAACUGCCGCUAACUGCAGAACCUCCUAUGUUGGUGGACAGCCACGCCAAGAUCAGCUCUGUUAUAUAAUACUUACUUCCAUCCACCAUUGUUUGCUUUUCCCUUUGGGGGUUUAUGUGGCCCAGAAUUAUCAAGUUUACAUGAAGAAGCUAGCUGACACUACCUUAAUUAUGGCAAAUAUAAUAGAGGAAAAAUACCAGAACCCAAAGAGGAGGGGUGAUGAAGGCGAUUAAUGCCUAUAAAGCUUCUGAAAAAGCACAAUUUGGUAGAAGAGAUUUUACGAGCAAAGUCGAGGAACCUCACUUCGAGUUGGAGGUCCUGCAUCUGAUCUCCAUAAUAUUUCAUCCACAACAUCAUUCUAACUCUCUAUCCUCCAAAGUCUUCCUCCCCUUUGCUUCCUUUUAAAUUUUAAUUGCAUUCUCUGUGUUACCUCCCUUUUUGUUCGCUUGUAAACAAAGGAGAUUUGUCUUCUUUAUGCCUUUGCUGUUUGUUUUGGUAUCUUCCUCAAUUCAGCUAUUUUUGGGUGCAUUAUUCAACUAACACAGUCAGCUUACUUCUUUUGGUAUUCUUCUCCUGCUACCUUGAUGUAUACAUGUUCUAGUCUAGGCAGAAGCAUUUAAAUCCAUUGAUACCUGAAGUUUUGUGUCUCCUCUAUUCUGAAGGGGUUGAAUUCUGCCAUCAACGCUCUGCCAUGUAGAACUUGUGGGGUAACUUAAAAAAUGACAAUGGAUAGAUUGAGUUUCAAGAGAUUUAGAACAUUAUUGGUUGUGGGUUCCAUAACCUUCCCUAUUUUAUUCACACUUAUUCUGAUGCACCAACACUCUAUCUAUGAUCUUGUUGAGGGAGUUUCCAAUAUUAACAUAUUGGCUGCAAGGGCCCAAAAUGCUACUACCAAUGUCUUAAAAGAAGGGCAUCGAAAUGCUACAGUUCAAGUUGAGGAACGAAAAGAUCAGAAUGUGGUAGAUAAGAUGUUGGGAGGCAAACAACAAAUCGGCUCAGAAGAACAAGCUGAGACUCCAACAAACGCAGAUAUUGAUAAAGCUGGUUCAAAGAAUCAUUCAUUUGAAGAUGAGAAGAAUGAUGCAACCCUAUCUACAGUUGGCUUUGCUAGUGUCAGACUCCUUGAUGGACUUCUAGUUUCCACAUUUGAUGAAGGAUCAUGCAUUAGUAGGUACCAAUCUUACUUGUUUCGCAAACGUUCCCCUUACAAACCUUCUGCAUAUCUGAUAUCCAAGCUACGAAAGUAUGAACAUCUUCAUAGAAGUUGUGGACCACAUACCAAAUCCUAUGACAAAAUUAUGGGAAAGAGCACAAAAUCUAGCAAAAGCGGUGCAGGUGAGAAGUGCAAAUACCUUGUCUGGACAGCUUCCAAUGGCCUAGGGAACAGGAUGCUAACCCUGGUUGCAGCAUUUCUUUAUGCUAUCCUCACAGACCGUGUUCUACUAGUCAAAUUUGGGGAUGAUAUGUCUGAUCUCUUUUGUGAGCCAUUUGCUGAUUCCUCAUGGUUAUUGCCCAGGAAUUUUCGAUAUUGGAAGGAUCAGAAACAUAUCAAAACGCAUGAAAGCAUGCUAAUCAAUAAGGGAUACAAUGCAAAGGAGCUUUUUCCAUCAUUUCUUAUUCUUAAUCUACAACACACCCAUGACGGUCAUAAUAACUUUUUCCAUUGUGAUCAUUGUCAAAAUCUUCUUCAGAGAGUUCCCGUGAUGAUUUUAUGGUCAGAUCAAUAUUUUGUCCCUUCUCUUUUUCUGAUUCCAUCCUUUAGAAAAGACUUAAGCAAAAUGUUCCCCCAGAAAGAUACAAUUUUUCACCAUCUAGGACGUUACCUUUUCCACCCAUCAAACAAGGCAUGGGAAUUAAUCGGCAAGUUCUAUCAGGCGCACUUAGCCAAGGCAAAUGAGAAGAUUGGCCUGCAGAUUAGGGUAUUCAAUACUCAUAGAGCAUCACAUCAAACUAUUAUCAAUGAAAUCAUAGCCUGCACCCUCAGGCACAAGCUUCUUCCUGAAAUAGACAUGGGAAAGUCGAAAACUUCUUUGAAGAACCAUGCCACAAUCUCAAAAGCUGUUCUAGUAGCAUCAUUAUACUCUGAAUAUGGGGAGAGGCUGAGAAAUAUGUAUAUGAUGAACACAACAGUGACUGGAGAAGUGAUAAGAGUUUCUCAGCCAACAGAAAUAUAUUUGCUGAGUUUGUGUGAUGCAUUGGUUACUAGUCCCAAGUCCACUUUUGGGUAUGUUGCUCAUGGUCUUGGAGGUUUGAAGCCGUGGAUUCUGAAGAGGCCAUAUGGGGAAACAGUCCCAGAGCCUCCUUGUCAACGAGCCAUGUCCAUGGAGCCUUGUUUCCAUUAUCCUCCCAAGUAUGAAUGUAGUGCCAAUAGAACUAUUGACUUCACUUCCCUCGUUCAUCACAUGGAGCAUUGUGAAGAUGUACCUAACGGAUUAAGGCUGAUCAAUGAUAAUCGCAAAGGUUAGUCACUUAGUUGCUAAUAUCUUUACCUUGUGCUUGAUUAGCUCACCGAUUAUCACAGUGAUAUGAUAUGAGGAUGUGGUUCCCUGCCAUCCGUGCAGUUAAUAGCCUAGUAGCCUUGCCUAUCUUAUCAUGGAGUCACGGACUUAGAGAAAUAUGUAAUUUAACUUCAAAUUAAUUCUUACUUAUUGCAUAAAUGACUUUUGUACUACUAUCUUUAAAUUACAUGCUCUUAUUCA